AUGCAAAUGUUUCAGCUGAAAUUUCCUCUACCGCAGAAGAGUGCUCUCCUAGAGAGGCAGCAAACGAACCUCGAAUUCGAGAAUAUUCAGACUGUCAUGUCUCGCAUUGAACUUCACAUCUCCAGCAAAGAGUCAUCAUUUGGUAGAUUUGGAUACAAACAACAAGCUGACUGGGAAACUGUCACCAUAAAAGCAAUCCAUCUCAAUGUAGAGUCAUGGUUGCAUCUCGCGCCAGAUCUCGCCGCGCUAAUCCAAAAAGCUCUGUUCAUUCUUGCUGUUGCAACUUCUGUAAACAGCUCUGUCAUGCAGACAUCGCGGCAGAGUGUCCAGCUCUUUGAUAGAGACGACUUAAUUAGCAACACCGCUCGCACAUUUUCGAGUGAUGAUUUCAUGUAUAAUCCGGAUCCUUCAUUUGCGGUUCCCAUCGUACAAGAUCGCUACAAUAUCAAAAUUGAGUUCUCUUUCGCAAAGCCAUGUUACGGACUUUCGACAUUUCAUGUUGGUAUAAUUGGGACCAUUCAAGAACAUAACGUUUCGGAGAAAUGGAUGAUUGAGCGAGUGCCGCCACGUCCUUUGAGUACGGCUGAUGCAGACGUGGCAACGUCGCCGCGGGAAUUGAAGUCGAGAGACACAGAAACUGUUGUGAGGGAAACCAGGGUGACUGCCCAUGAGCUUGGAGAGUGCGGCAUUGGCCCUCCAAGUGCCACCCUCGUAGACUCAAAGUACGCUUUUGUAAUGGAAGGCUUCUGGAGUCCUUUGACCAACACUCUUUGCAUCGACGCGUUUGACGGCGGACGUACCCAACUCGUCCAUCACAGCUUCCAUCCUUUUGAUUACAAUGAAGGCCGCGCAUACAGUUUCUCAAUUGAGCAGGAAGGCUACGAUGUAUUUGUAUGGUUCUGGUUUCCGUCGCCGACUGACGUCAACAAAGAGUUUCACGUUGGCAUACAAGUGGGGAACGUCGCCCUAGCCUUUGGCUUCGCAAAGCCCGAAGAUGUGGAAUGGCUUUUCUUUGUAUCUCUUGUUGAAAGGAUAGUGCAGCGAGGAGAGGAACGAAAGUAUGAUGAGACGUGGGAGAUUGCAAGACAGACAGUACCAAGACUGAUAGGAGCGAGCUCGAGCUCUGGAAAUAAAACCACCAGAGUAACCUCGUCUACCCAACGGUGGAGUCGGCAGCUCUUGCAAAGAGAUGAUGCUCGGGUGACUUCUGCUACCAACAACGCGAACAUCGCCAGCAAAGAAGCCAAUGACUGGCCUAGAGAUUGUGGAAUAAUCGUUCCAGAUCCCGCCAUCAUAAGUUCCGAGAUUGAUGUAAAUUUGACAGGGUGGUGGCACCCUGCAUCGUAUCUCUGUAUCGACGCCUGGUCCCUCGAUGAGGACAAGAGGCAGAUCGGACACUUUGACACGAGACGCUUUUAUCUCGAUGAAAAGAAGCUCGUCCUAUCCAAUCCGGACCUUGACCUAUCAAACCAAACUCAAAUUCUGGUUUUCUUCGAAAUUCACUGUGAGCAGAGUGUUCCAUGCGGCUAUCGAGGGAGUUAUCUCAGAUUCGGGGGCAGCGGGUGGAAGGAGAAGGUGUAA